ACAGGGCUCAGGAAUCUCUGUCUCAGCUGCAACUCAGACGUCAGAGAAGGAGGGUUACAGGAGGCAGCUGUUAGUGUGAAAAUCAUAGAGGUACGAAAAGAGGAAAGUUGCAAAGGAACUUUCUUUGCUAGAAGGAACGCUCCCCCCCUCCCAUUCUUUAAACUGCCUUUAUUUCCCUUAGGGGGAAUAGGAGUUUGCGCCAUUAAAAGGAAAGACUCAAAUCCAGUAUUUUAAAUGCUUGGUUUUUUAAAUCUCAACUAAACCUGGAGUAAGCGCUAUUUGAAACGCGGGAACUUAAUUGUGGCUUUCAAUGCAAUUACUUUUCCAGGAAAACAUGAACUUCGUGCGUUGGACGGUAAUUUGUAGGAAAGCUUUUUAUUCUUUUAAAAAUAUAAGCGUUGUUUCAAAAGAUCCAGGAUUCCAGUCUGGUUUAAUAUCUGGCGAUGUCGUGGUGGAGACGGCAGACACUUUCUGCUUCCUAAUCUAGCUAUGACUCCUGCCGUUAUUAUUUUUUUAAAAUAAUAAAAUGUAGUAAAUGCUCUUUUUGAUCCUUCAAAGCGAACUCGGAAAUGAGCUCUGAAUUGUAUAUGUCUAUCAUCGGCAGUCUACAGAGAAUACGGAAGAAAAAGUGAUUCCGCAAAACGCCCGGGCGUUCCUUUCUGGUGUCGCUCGAAAAUACGAGACUGACUGCAAUAAAAGUCAUUCGGCCAACCCACUAGAGAUGAGCACAGAUAAAGAUGAGCUGUUAUGCAAGAUAGUUGAUGAUGGAAAAGCUGCUGCGGUAGAAGAUGAGAAUAAACUAACGAAGCAAAAAUCUCAUCCAGAGAGUCGAGCUUAUGCUGGUCCCCACAGUACAAUGGUGGCGGACGAUACUAAGCGAUUUAAGUUAAGUAGCAUCCAGGUACCAUAUGUCCAAGAAAGUGAGGAGGACCUGUACCGUGAUGCGGAUGAAAUAGAGAGAGAGAAAGUGUUACUUGAGAUUGGGACAGAUUCUUCAGAUUUUCUAGAAAAUAAGCUAAGUAUUGAACCUGAAGUAGAUAUCAUGGAUUAUUGCCAAGAAGAGUGGCGAGGAAACACAUCCCACGCUGAAUGUAUUCGGAAGGGCUAUGAAGCUGUUUCGCAUAAAUUUAUUUCAAUAAGAAGAGUGCGAGGAGAUAAUUACUGUGCUCUCCGGGCGACCUUAUUUCAAGCUCUCAGCCAAGCUGGUCACCUUCCUCAGUGGCUUCAGAAAGAAGACCUGAUAUCGUUACCGGAGAAGCUGAUGGUCAGAUAUGAAUGGAUCACUCAGUGGCGACUCAGGCACACAUGGACAAGUAAAGUGGAAAGCCUAAUGGAUGAAAUUAAAGAUUGUUUGAUGUUAUUAAAAAGAAAGUGGAAAAAUAUGAGUGACAUAAAAACCUUUGUAGAGAGGCAAGCAGCCUGUGAUGAGCUUUUCAAAAGUGAAGAAGAAGAAUACAAGCUCUAUGAAGCAGUCAAGUUUCUUAUGCUGAGCACUGCCAUUCAAUUGUAUGAAGACAGCGAAAAGGGCAAAGAGGUCCCUGUGUUCUCUUGGCUUCUGUUUGCUCGAGACACAUCUAGCAAUCCUUCCCAAUUAAUGGAAAACCACUUGAAUCAACUUGGUCACACGGGAGGCCUUGAACAGGUUGAAAUGUUUCUCCUUGCCUAUGCUUUGCAGCAUACCAUCCAGGUUUACCGAUUGUAUAAGUACAAAACAGAAGAAUUCAUCACUCUGUAUCCCAAUGAUCCUGAAGAAACCUGGCCCAUGGUAACUCUUAUAACAGAAGAUGACCGACAUUACAAUAUUCCUGCCCGAAUGUGUGAAGAGACCAGUGUAUAAGCGAUAUGAUUCCCUUCCAGUUAUAUAAACUGAAUAAAUGAUGUAAAAGCAAA